AUGGGGACGAUGGUGGUGGCCUUGAAGCACGUGGGAACGACGGCACUGCUCAGAGAGAUGUUGAAGAUGUCGAGUUUUCCUCACCUCAGCUGUAGUGAGUCACAGCACCUGGUCGUUCGGAGGAGGGGUGGACUUCCUCGCCGCCACGUCGUUCUGCCUGUCGAACCGAGCGUAGAAGUUGUUCAGCGCAUCUGGAAGGGAGCCGUCACCAUCACAGUUUUGUUGAGUUUGUUUGUUUCAGAGUCAGAGAGCCGUGUCUCUCUACAGUCAGAGGUUUUUGUACGGCGGCUCAAUGAGUUUGUAUCACUGUGGUACACGUUCGGUGGAGGAACCAGACUGGAUGUUAACUUGGGUCGAGUCCCCCCCUCCCUGACUGUGCUGGCGCCCUCUAGUGAGGAGCUGCAGCAGGGGAAGGCUACAGUCAUGUGUGUGGCCAACAAGGGCUUCCCCUCAGACUGGAGGCUGUCCUGGAAGGUGGAUGGAAGAAGCAGCAGUGGAGAGGAGAGCAGGAGCCCCGGGGCGCUGCAGAAUGACGGCCACUACAGCUGGAGCAGCACCCUGAGGCUCCCUGCAGACCAGUGGGAGAAGGUGGGCUCUGUGACCUGUGAGGCCACCCAGGGCUCCCACACUCCACUCUCACAGACUCUGAUGACAGACCAGUGUUCCCAGUCCUGAGCUGACUCACUGGGACUCUGAUACUGGCUUUAGUCUGCAGCUUCUCUCAGUCUGCUCCCUCUGUGUCUGUAUUGCUUUGAUAGUUUUCAUGUUUUCAUGCUUGUGGCACUGUUGAUGGUUUUAAUACUUCAAAUAAAAACUGAGGUCUUCAAAUA